CAGUCUGUGCGUUUCUAGGUGGCACGUGAAGCUUUAUGCUUUGACUUUUUUAUUAAUUAAUAAAUAUACAAACUAAAGUAUCCUAUUUUGGUCUUAAACCUAAGUUACCGGAUACCAAGUACUUGUUUAUUUAACUUGUAUUACACAUGACACUCACAAUGGUGCAGUAGUACUGAUGCUGCUAAUAAUCGGUACAGCAGCACUCUUUUUCCAGUGUCAUUGCUUAAAUGGCAUAUUAACCGAACGCAAAAGCUUAGUCUUAAAGCGAGUUUAAUGAAAAGUAACAAUAUGAAUAAUAAGUAAGAUUAGGUAGGCUCAUUAUAUCAUUCAUUCACGGACUCUGGCUUUUAUGGCUCCACAAACGAGUUCAUUGCCCGCAUCCAUCCAUCUGAAUCUACAUACGGCGGAACGUCAGUUCAUCCCCUCUACCCCAAGCACCUGCUCACACAUCUAACUGACAGACUACUAGCGCGAGGCUGGGGCUGCGGCUCUACUCAAAGAUCGAGCGAACAUUUUCUCACGGGAGUCGGACGUUGGAAACGCGUCGUGGAACCUCAGACCGCGUCAUGCGCUGCAGCCGUACAUACACGCGAUAGAUGUGAAGUUCGUUCCUUUGAACACGAGCGCUGCUAUUUAGACGUUCUCCGUUCAGAGCCGUGAGAGAUUUCAUUAACGGACUGUCACGGCUGAACGGAUUUGAUGGAUCACCUAUCCCGUGCAUUUCCUCGAAGCGGGCGACCAUACAGCGCGCGUUUUCGCAAAGCUUACCUCUUUGUCUUAUUGAAAUGAUUCUGGAUAACGCUCAGUAAAACACCUGCUUGAAAACAGCGCACUUAUCCUCAGAACAGUGAGAGUAGGACAUCGUGAGGUUCCUCGUGUAACAGGAUGAUGGUCUGCGCGUCUUGGCAACACGCUAUGCAUUCAUCUUUACUUUGUGGAUGUCGGAGAGACUAAACCCAGAGGUGUUCUGUAAACCCGAAGCUCGCUGAUUUAACCCAAGUUUUGGUUUCAUUUAAACUGUUUAGUCGUGACCAUGCCCGUCAGUGCAAUGCCGAGGGGUCGCUCUCUGAGCCCGGUGUCUCUGUCCCGCAGUCUCUCCCGGCUGAGGGAGUUUCGAACCCGGACUCGCAUCAUGCUUUCUCUGGGAGUUUCACAGAUGGUGCUCGGGAGUCUCAUUUUGGCUGUCAGUUUCGCCGCUUUGGCCCUUACUACAUCUCCGAGGGUGAGACAUUCGUGUCCCUUUUGGGCUGGAUUCUCGGUUCUUUUGUCUGGACUGAUUGGAGUGGUGUCAUGGAAAAGGCCUCUCUCUUUGGUGAUAACUUUCUUCAUGCUGUUGUCCGCUGUGUGUGUGAUGCUGAACCUCGCAGGAGCCAUCCUUUCCUGUCAGAAUGCCCAGUUGGUCAACUCUCUGGAGGACUGUCAGCUGAUCAAAUUUGACAGUGAUGGUGUGUGUGUCUGCUGUGAGCUCGAGCACAUGAAAUCCACCUGUAAUAAUCUUGGAGAUACGCUUAAACUCAACCCGCUGAGGGACUGCAACACCAUACGUCUCCGACUGAAGGAGCUGCUUUUCAGCGUGUGUGCACUGAAUGUUAUCUCCACCAUUGUGUGUGCUCUGGCCACUGCCGUGUGCUGUAUGCAAAUGGUUUCUACUGAUUUACUACAGAUGUUCAUGCCACACAGAGCACGUGCCUUGAGCGCCGACUGUAUGACCCCUCACGGUACCAUCUUACACCAGACGUUAGACUUCGACGAGUUCAUCCCACCCAUCCCCCCUCCUCCCUACUACCCCCCAGAGUACACCUGCACACCUAUAAUGGAGGGCCAGAGAGGGUUGCAUCUGGACUUUCCACACUCUCCCUUCAGUGCUAUUUAUGGGGUGCCUAUUAACAGCCCCGGGGCACUAUAUCCAUCUGAGCUGCCACCACCCUAUGAAUCUGUCGUUGGACAGACACCUGCCAGCCAGAUCACCACCAGUCUUGAGCAACAGGUCACUGAGUCCAGUCUGUGCGAAAGGAACACCACAGCUGGCCUUAGCACUCAGGCCUCUGUUGACAGUGCUUCCCUUAUGGUGUCCGAGACUGCAGACAUCCCUGAUCACAGUUGUUCCUCUGAAGACCUGUGUUCUCUAGAGGUACAGGGCUCUGAUUCCUCUCCGUAUGGCACUUUGCGCGUCGUACCUACUGACGGCAGCUGCACAAGCCUGGAACACAGCACCCACUCUUCCCUGAGGCAGCAGACCCCUGCUCGACUGGACCGCAGCGAGUCCUCUGUCACGCAGGAUUCAAAGCCCCACUCUCCACAGUUGUCACCCGAUGCUGUUAACGUACCCGAGAAGGAGGAGAUUACAGCCGUUAAACCCAUGUCUCGCACACAGCACAGAGAACGAACCAAUAAGAAGCUUACCCUUCUUUUCCCUCCAAGCACUGCAUCCCAAUGUGCUUCCAACUCAGCAGUGACCUCCACUGCCGGGGCAUCUUCUGCCCUGACCCCCUCCACCUGCACCUCCCCGUCACCCACUGCUCAGCUGCGGGGAACCCGGCUAUGCUUCAGCGUCUGGUCCCCAUCCUCCUCUUCCUCACAGCCCCAUGCUACCUCUGCCCUCAGCAACUCCAGCCAACGUGAGCGGCCCCGCACACUCCGUGCCACCAAAGGGUAUCGGAAGCUGGCAAGGAUCGUGCGUUCCACUAGUGAACCCAUAUCCUGUACUUCCAUAUCUAGAAGUGACCGUUGUGCUCCUGCUUCUAACCAUCCACCUGAUGACUCCCCACAGACUCCAUGUGAUCAAGCAUGUAUGGAGCUCUCUGAAAGCACCCGACCACCUUCUGCCAAACACAGCAGCCAAGGAGCCAAGAAGCAGAAGGACAGUGGAAAGGUGGACAUCCAACUCAAACCUCACAUCCCUCACUCAAUGUCUACAGAACGGCCGCAAUCUCUCGCAGACCUCAAAACUUACAAAGACACCAAAGUGCUGGUGGCCAAGUUUCUGGAGCACUCGAGCUGCAGUCUACCUCCAGAGGUCCAGCAGGUGGUCAACAGCAUUAAAUGUGUUAUUAAAUCUGAUGAGAAACACAUGGAGGAGGCCAUAUUCAGUGCCAAUAUCAUUGAUCAGUUGAUGACACAGUCACAGAAGAUCACGAGGAAGCACGCUCACGAAGAUCUGCAUUUACAGAGCUGCGGAGCUUUGAGUUCCCCAUCCUCAUCCUCGCGCCGUCCACCCAGAGGAUCCAGUCAGACAGAUGUCCCUGCCACCCUGGGUCAUCAAUCUCCACGCCAGCCUCAAAGUCUCAUCAGUGUAUGCAGAGAAACUACACUUUGACCCUCUGGAUUAAAAACACCCUUUUCCUCAUAAACCUCUGAAUAUGUGCCAAGGCCGAGUCCUAACUCUCAUCAGCAGAAAACUGUAGCUCUUGAAAAACAAACAAACAGCAAGUUAACAUGGAGUUGACACUCCCUCAUAAUAAAGAUACUCAAAAAACACCUGCAGGGGUACAUAUUUUUAUUUCAUUGUCAGAAAAAAAUUAAAUAUUUGUUGAAGUGUUGAAUUUGCUACUGUGAUAAAUAGGAGAGUGGGUCUGUAAUGGACCGUAGAAGAUAUGGAUUUACCUCUUAACUAAACUUUUUUUUAUUUUUAUUUUAUUUUUUUUAAUGAGAAUUAACAUUGAAAUGCACAGCUUCUGCAAGCAUUUUGUGAAAUAUUGGACAUACUGUACUUGGUCAUUAUGUGCCACUGCAGGACAGAGACCUUUAUGAAGCUGGAUUAUUCAACUUACCUCAGUGUGUAAUUAUUAUUUUCAGUGUUGCAAAAUAAAAAAAUGUGUCUGUUUGUAUUUUUCUUUCUAUAUAGAUUGCUAUUUUAACCCCCUCAAGUCAUUAUUUGAAUUUUUUGCAUUACAUAAGCAGUACUCUGACAAGGUCUUGAGUGUUUAUGUGCGCUUAGACUUUUUGUAAUAUACUCCUAACAAAGAGAAGGCUUAUUUCAGGUUUAUCCCAGUGUGAUUCUGCAUUGAAAAUCCUUGUUUUUGGAGAAGGCUUAGUCUGUGUGUGUGCUGUGCUCAAAGUUUUUCCUUCAGGUUCCUAAUCCAUUCUAAGUGCCUUUGGUAAACUACACAGGGAGGCUGAUUAUUUGUUAAACUAGAUGGCAACUAGUUUAAAUAAUCUGCAGAUCUGCUUUACUGUGGAUAUUAAAUGUCAAGGAUACAAGGACAUAAUUUUAAGAUAUAUGCUAAUUUAUAAAUCACCAAUUUGUCUCUAAACAGACACCUCUGAUUGUUUAUAUAUUAAAAUCAACCUCAGGCAUCAAAUGAAUGCAUUAAUUUAAAAAAAGACAUCAUGAGCAACAUCCCGGAAUAGGUAAGGCUCGCAUAAAUGCGACGUUUUGGCUAGUGAGAAUGUUCAUUCUAGUACCAUAUACCCCACCUUCUCUUAUUAUUUGAGCGUCCAAUAAAAAUUGAGCGACAGAAGCAGUCACGCCCACAGCCAAUCAGAUACGCCUAAUGCAUACGGUUGUAUCCACGGAUUGGCUGUUGUAGCUGUCAAUCACGUUCCUCCGUACACCUUACACUUAGGACGACAUUUUUUAUGCUUUUUUUUUUUUUAAUCGAGACGUGUAACCUGGCAGUUAGAUAUACAAGAUAACGACACGGUAACGAAAUAUGAUCUUUUCUUGACGCGUUUACUUAUAUAUAUACAAACACAAAAACAGUGUUUGCGCGUGCAUUUUGCAGGAGCGAGAAGAAAGGAGGCAGACUGGAGUUGAGUUACAGUACAAGAGAACUCUAAAGCUAGCGCUGCAUGUGUAGUGUAACCUGCACGGAAUUACAUUUGAAGACGCGUUAAACGCAUAUUUUUAGUUUGUUUAUACUGUUGUUUUAUAUCAGGUGCGUAUGGUGGUGCAUGUGCAGAAUACUGUAAAUUUGGCCUUGCUGGGGGUGUCUGAUGUAACGCUAACGUUCUAAUAGGCUAUUAGUGCUUUGUUGCUAAUGGUAAUAGAUUUGUUUACAUG